AUGCAAACAAAGGACCGGCCUGAUCCUGACCCUGUGGUCCAACCUGGCGCUGACACAGAUGUGAGAAAUGCUAUUAAGCCCCAACUCCAGAUAACUUUAAGGACAUUUACUGUCAAGAAUGGUGGAGAUCUGAAAGUAGAGAUCCCAGUGGUCGGGCACCCAGCACCAAAGAUUGAAUGGAAAAGAGAUGGCCAGGCAGUCAAAGAGACAUCCAGGCUAGAGGUUUCAAACACGUCAUCAUUAACACUUCUUCAUAUCAGACAUGCUGCUAGGGAGCACACUGGCCAAUACUCUAUUAUUGCAAGCAAUAGUGUUGGAAAAUAUACAGGAGAAAUCACAGUGGUUGUCCUUGAAAAGCCCGACCCUCCAAAAGGCCCUGUGAAGAUUGAUGAGAUCCAAUCUGACUACGUUACCAUCUCUUGGGAGCCACCAGAAUACACAGGAGGCUGUCAGCUGGACAACUACAUAGUGGAGAAAAGGGAAAUCUCAAGUACUGAAUGGCAGACUGUGUCAGUGACAACAGUUAGAACCACAAUUAAAGUCACCAAACUGAAGACAGGAAAUGAAUACCAGUUUAGAGUGUUUGCAGAAAACAGGUAUGGGAAGAGUACAGCAAUCACCUCUCCUUUCGUGAUUGCACAAUAUCCUUUUAGUGUGCCCACUGCUCCUGGCAUCCCCUUUGCAUCCACUGUGGCAAAGUAUAACAUGGUGGUUGAAUGGGAACCUCCAGCCAAAGAUGGAGGAAGCCCAAUCAUUGGCUACCACCUUGAACGCAAAGAGAAGAACAGCAUUUUAUGGACAAAACUGAACAAGCUUGUCAUACCUGAUGCUCGCUUCAAAACAAGUGGACUUGAGGAAGGCAUUGAGUAUGAAUUCAGAGUAUUUGCUGAGAAUACUGCUGGACUCAGUCAAGCAAGCAAAAUAUCUGAAUGCUAUGUGGCAAGAGACCCCUGUGAUCCACCUGGUAAACCUGAAGCUAUUGUUAUUAACAGAGAGAACAUCACACUUCAGUGGGCAAAACCAAGGCUGGUGAGACAUUCAUCAUUGAUGCGGAUUACUUUGGAAAGCCUCUUCCCGAAGUAA